GUUUGUGGUACCCGGUGCUGCAUCUAUUUGGUAGCACCCAUCAGCUGAUGCUUUAUCAAGGUCACUCGCGCAGAGCAUCAUGGGCGGUGUUAUCGGAUGCGCAUUGCGCAUGGUCCCACCCCAAACAACAUCCUAACCUAUAACGUUACCUCGCCGAAUAAAGUAUUUCAGCAUCACGAGGCGCUAUGACAACAGCCCUCACAAUGCCUGGUGUGAAAUACUAGUCGUGGAUAAAUAAAGGGGCGGGGUGAGGUUUUACGUGCGUGACUGGCGGUAUUCCGUCAAAGGGGAACGUGCGGUUGGUCGUGUCUUUGCGUCGUGUGACGAAUGAAAAAAAUCCAUAACCGCCAGAGCGAAUAUCUCUAUAUUCAGUGCCAGUGGGUCAACGGGAUACGUGCACAAGCUAACGGAUGCUCAAGACGCACAAAAGUUUUAAAAGCCAAAACAGUCACGAAUAGGAACGCAUCGCGGGCAUAAGGAGAUUGUGUACCCAGUAUCACCUUCACUCGGAAUCCAUCAGUCUUGGACGUUUCCACUCUGGCACGAUGGAGGGGGAGAAGAAGCAGGUGACAUGCUACCUCAUGUUUUCUUUAUUAACGGCUGUAAUUGGCUCCCUACAAUUUGGCUACAACACAGGAGUCAUAAAUGCCCCUGAACAGCAACUGCGAAAAUUUUUUAAUGCCACAUGGAUGGAGCGUUAUGGGGAGCCCAUCAAGCCGGGUGUGUGCACCAUUGUGUGGAGUUUUGCUGUGGCCAUCUUUAGUGUGGGUGGAAUGAUGGGAUCAUUCAGUGUCGGUGUCAUAGCCAACAAAUUUGGAAGACGUAAAUCUAUGUUUCUUGUGAAUAUCUUGGCUCUGAUUGGCGGAGGUCUCAUGGGACUGUGCACUCUCUGCUACUCUUAUGAGAUGAUCAUUGCCGGUCGACUAAUUAUUGGGUUGUUCUGUGGACUCUUCACUGGUCUCACUCCAAUGUAUGUUGGGGAAUUGUCGCCGACUCCCCUCCGUGGGGCCUUUGGGACCCUGCACCAGCUUGGGGUCGUGAUUGGCAUUUUAAUCGCACAGAUUUUUGGUUUGGAGUAUCUGCUGGGUUCAUAUAAGCUCUGGCCUGUACUUCUUUCUCUAACCGUGCUACCUGCCAUCCUGCAAUGUAUACUGCUUCCGUUCUGUCCCGAGAGCCCUCGAUACCUGCUCAUUAACCUCAAUGAGGAAGAACAGGCCCGCAAAGCGCUGGUGCGUCUCCGUGGUUAUGAGGAUGUGGGGAAAGACUUGCAGGAGAUGAAGGAGGAGAGUGCAAAAAUGGCCAUGGAGAAGAAGGUGACCAUCCCAGAGCUCUUCCGCAUCGCUGCUUACCGCCAGCCUCUGCUCAUCGCUGUCAUGCUGCACCUGUCCCAGCAGCUCUCUGGCAUCAACGCUGUUUUUUAUUACUCAACUGGUAUUUUUAAGUCAGCUGGAGUGACUCAGCCCAUUUAUGCCACCAUUGGAGCUGGAAUAGUCAACACUGUCUUUACUGUAGUAUCUCUCUUUUUGGUGGAGAGGGCGGGAAGAAGAACUUUGCACCUUAUUGGUUUGGGUGGAAUGGCCAUUAGUGCAUUGGUCAUGACCAUUGCUCUCUUAUUGAAGGAAAUCGAGGCUGUUCGCUACCUUAGCAUUGCUGCAAUUUUUGCCUUUGUGGCCAUGUUUGAGAUGGGCCCUGGACCCAUUCCCUGGUUCAUAGUGGCUGAACUGUUCUCACAGGGACCACGUCCUGCCGCCAUGGCUGUUGCAGGAUGCUCCAACUGGACAGCCAACUUUCUUGUGGGAAUCAGUUUCCCUAAACUGGAGGAGCUGUGCGGGCCAUAUGUCUUCAUUAUAUUCACGAUCCUCCUCAUCUUCUUCUUCAUCUUUACAUACUUCAAAGUUCCGGAGACCAAAGGGCGAACUUUUGAUGACAUCGCCCGUGGUUUUGGCGGGGCUCCGCCUCCAACUGCCACCUCCUUGGAGGAGCCCGGCAGGGUCACACUUUCACUCUCUCCGGUCAAAGAAAAGAUCCCAUUGGUGGAAGCUUCCAAAUCUUCCUCGGGACAGGGAGCAAGCUCAUCUGAGCAAGCUGUGGCAGAUGCUACAAAGCCUAGCUCAGUUACCCAGCCACUGAUGGAUUCUAGUAAAGAGGAGAAAUCUAAAUCCACCAUCUAAGAAAUGGUGUAACUAUAUAGCUUAAUAUGAUUAAAACCAUGACGUACUACUGAAGAUAGAAAUAUAAUACUAUAGAUUUAUUUACUGAAAAAAUAUUCUUUAGAGAAAACAGAUUAAGAAGGGAACCACAGGGGAAAGUCUCAGAUCACCUAGUUAUAUUUUGAAAGUAUACGAGAGCUCAUAGUCCAUGAGCGUUAUUUUGGUUCGGUGCAAUAUUGUUUCAUGUUCUAGAUCUAUUGCUCAUUUAUUCCUGUUUGUGCAUUUUAGUGCAGCUUUAAUGUGAUUUAUCAAACAUUAUGUCAUUGUUUCCUAUGUCAGAUCAAACAGAAAAGGGGAAUUUUUACAUUUAGCCUUCCUAAUUCUCACCAUUUUCAAUUGUCAAACCUUUUAGAAAACAAAUAAAAACCAAAGUGUUUUUCCCU